AUGGCCCUGCUCCGGCCCAGGAACGCCGCCGAAGACACGCUCCCCUCCGUCCACCGGCCCAGGAGGCGGGCCCUCUCCCGCCGACCUCGCCCUCGGGAGCCGUCCCCGGGGGAGUCCACGGCCGCGCUCGGAACGCCGCGGGGGAGCCCGGGUCGGGCCCCCGCGGGGCGGCCGAGGCCCCAGCCGGCUCCCGGUUCACCAGCAAGUAUAAGCUACUUGCCUUCAUUCUUCACCAAGCUUGAAAACACUUCGCCCAUGGUUAAAUCAAAGAAGCAGGAGAUUUUUCGUAAGUUGAACUCUUCUGGUGGAGGUGACUCUGAUAUGGCAGCUGCUCAGCCAGGAACUGAGAUCUUUAAUCUGCCAGCAGUCACUACCUCAGGCUCAGUAAGCUCUAGAGUCCAUUCUUUUGCAGAUCCUGCCGGCAAUCUGGGGCUAGAAGACAUUAUUAGGAAAGCUCUCAUGGGAAGCUUUGAUAACAAAGUGGAUGAUCAUGGAGUUAUCAUGCCCCAGCCUGUGGUCGGAGGGCCUGGGAGCACCAAUACCUCUGUUGUGUCCACUGGAGAGGCACGAAGAGAAGAAAGGGACCCAUCACCUAAUGCAGGAGGAGGAGUUUGUAAACCAAAGCCAAUCAGCAAGUCAAGCAGCAGGAAAUCUAAAUCUCCUAUCCCUGGGCAGGGAUACUUAGGAACAGAGCGACCUUCUUCUGUCUCUGUACAUUCAGAAGGGGAUUACCAUCGGCAGACACCAGGGUGGGCCUGGGAGGAUAGGCCCUCUUCAACAGGCUCAACGCAGUUUCCUUACAACCCUUUGACUAUGCGGAUGCUCAGCAGUACACCACCAACAUCCACUGCAUGUGCUCCCUCUUCUGUAAACCAAGCAGCUCCUCACCAACAAAGCAGGAUCUGGGAACGAGAGCCUGCCCCACUUCUCUCAGCACAAUAUGAGACACUGUCGGACAGUGAUGACUGA